AUGUCGAAAAUUACAUAUAUGUUAUAUUUUUAUGCUAAACAUCAUUCUAUAAUAAACAGAAAAAUAGAAUGUUAUAAAUUUAAGCGUUAUAUUUUCACUUUUUUAAAAAGAAAGGUUCCUUUUCAAAACAUAAAAAACAAACGAAUACUUUCUGAAGAUAAUCUUUUUUAUCGUCUUUCUGAAUCACCUAUUGAAAAUAUUCAAAAAAAAGCAAAAAUGAUUAAACAAUAUGCAAAAUGUCCACUUUCUGGUAAACCUGUUUUUUUCGAAUGUCCAAACUGUGGUUAUCCUACGCAUCAUUCAGAAAUUGAAUGGAAAAUAGAUGAUCAGCAUGAAAAAUUUUGUAAAAAAUUAAGAGAAGCAAAUGAAGAUGAACAUGAUUUACACAGUGGAAGAGAAUUACAUGAAUUUUUAUUACCAAUUUCUCAAUUUAAAGAUGCAACUAUAAGUUUUUAUAAUUGGCAUUCAUUUUUUCAUACACGCUCAUUUGAAACAAUUAAUUCAUCAAGAUCAGUUAGACAUCUUUCAAAAUUGCUCACAUAUCCUCUUACUAUUUUAUCUGUUAUUCAUGAAGGUUCUCCAUACAAUUUAGAAAACGGAUUAACAAUAGAAGGGCUUAAAUCUCUACUUGCAAUUAGAUCUGUUUUACAUGCACAUCCAGGAAAUAUGCAUAUUGAUUCUGGUGCCUUUUUAAAUAUGGAUAGAGCGUUAAGAAUAUUUAUCUUAGGAGCAAGAGCAGAAAGUACUUUGCCAAGAUUUCUAUGGAUGCAAGGAGGUGCUAAUUUAUUUCCAAAUGUUUUAUUUCAUAUUUAUUUUAUCGGCCCAGAAGCUUCCAAUAUAUUAGAUAAAUCAAAACAUGAUUCCAAUUCAGAUUCAAUAGUUGAAAACUUUAGUCCAAAUUUAAUUUUUAGCACAUACUCAAAAUAUUAUCAUGAAUUACAUGAGAAAGGUGAAUUCGGGUCCUUUGAUCCUUGUUUUGACAUUUUUUAUCUCCCAAAUCCCGCAAUAGGAAACACAUAUCCUUCAAGUUGGAACAAAACAAUAAAAUAUUUAUUAGAAACUCAAUGUGCAAUCUUUAUAACUGGUUGUUCACUAGAAGAUAUUCAAAGGGACAUUAACUUUCUUAAAAAAAAAUAUGAAAAUGAUUAUGAUGUGCUCUUAAAACCUAUAGAAAAUAGAUUUAAAAGCAUUAAAUGGGACGUUUCAAUUUUGGAUCCAAGGGAUAUGAUUCAAGCUAAUGCGUAUAUUUCAGGAUUUCGUGGAAAGAAAUAUGAACUACAACUUAUUGAUUGA